AUGGGUAAACCCCGGAUGAUCAUAUUGAUCCGCCAUGCGCAGUCGGAAGGAAACAAGAACCGCGAGAUCCACCAAACCGUACCCGAUCAUCGAGUGAAGCUCACCCCCGAAGGACAUCGACAGGCAAGAGAGGCAGGAUGCAAGCUGCGCGGGCUUCUGCGGCCCGAUGACACAAUACAUUUCUUCACUUCGCCAUACCGCCGGACACGAGAGACAACAGAAGGGAUCCUCGAAUCGUUGACAUCCGACAUCCCAUCUCCAUCACCAUUUCCAAGAAAUACUAUCAAGGUAUAUGAAGAACCUCGGCUGCGGGAGCAAGACUUUGGAAACUUCCAGCCAUGCUCUGCAGAGAUGGAGCGAAUGUGGCUGGAGAGGGCGGACUAUGGUCACUUCUUCUACCGGAUACCGAACGGCGAGUCUGCCGCGGAUGCGUACGACCGUGUCAGCGGCUUCAACGAAUCACUCUGGCGUCUGUUCGGAGAGAAAGAAUGUGCGAGUGUCUGCGUGCUUGUGACGCAUGGACUCAUGACACGGGUGUUUCUGAUGAAGUGGUAUCAUUGGAGCGUUGAAUACUUCGAAGAUCUGCGCAACAUCAACCACUGUGAGUUUGUGAUCAUGAAGCUCAAUCCUGACAGCGGGAAAUAUGCGCUUCAGAACAAGCUACGUACAUGGUCCGAGUUGAAGAAGGAGAAUGAGCUCGAGAGGCAACGCGAGCGAGCCGCCAAAGGCCUCAACCCCGCAACUACGCACAUCGCUAAAUCAGUCAGUCGCACAUGGGGCGGAUGUCCCGACGGUUGUAACCACGGCCUCCAUAGGAAGUUUUCGGAGCCCGGCCUAGAAGCCGUCGUUGCUGCCGAGCCACUCCUUGGAGAUCGCCCCUCAAACCUCAGGCUCUCAGACAUACGUACUGGGCCCUCGGACGAAUCCGGGGUCUCCGCUGGGCAGCCCAGCAUCGUCUCCACGCACUAUGAUCCUGGCACGACAUCCGUCACAGAAACACCGGGUGGGUACCCCAGGCCAGCUGCUGCAAGCCCGAGCCCGAACCUGAACCCCGCACCCAGACGGCCCGACCUAGCCAAACUCCACCGUGACAGUGAGGACCACCUCCUGCACCCGCCGCGAUCUAACUACGCCCUCUUCCACCUCAGCGGCCACGACGGCGGCGGUUCCAUGAGCGGCGCGAACAGCAUGGCGCCCUCGGAAGACGAGCGCGACUACCCAGGCUCCUAUGGCGACCGACUUGAUCAACACCGGCCAAAACCCUCUCAGGACUUCGCCCACGACGGCGAUGACGAAGACAACGGCAAGCAGGCGCAGCGAACGAAACACACGCGCUUCCAGAAGCUCCCCAGCCGCGUGAACCGCAACGGCUCGAAAAAGGGCGCAACGUUCACCAGCGGGCCAGACAGAGCCGUAGCGGUCGCCUCGGCCUCCUUUGCACAGAACGAGGCACACACCUGUGCGUACGGUCAUGAACACGAACACGAACACGAACACGACGGCGACAACGACGACGAUGACGAUGGCGAUGACGACGAAGACGACGAUGGCAACGGCCAAGCAGCGCUCGAGGCAGAACGCCAGCUCGACCAGAGCAUCAGAGGAAGUGUCUAUUGA